AUGGCAGAAAUAUUAAAGGAAUGGCUCUCGCAAACACUGAAUCGGCCGAUCACAUGGGCAACCGAAGAAUUUGGAAACAUGAUGAAAAAUGGUCAUAUUAUAGCAACAGUCUUACGAUGUUACCACGUUAUAAACGAUGACAAUCAUUACCUUAUAAGAACUAGUAACGAGGAGGACGAUAUUAAACAUAAUUGGAAAUAUUUAAGCGAAUGGUUAAAAGAUAUAGAAGUGAACUUAAGUGAAGAAGAUUUAAAUAAUAUUAUAAAGGGAAAAGGUUCAUCUUUACUUCGCUUAUUUUAUCAACUUUUUCUCCAUUUGGAUAAAUGUGACCGUACUAAUUUUAUUAAACGUGAGCAAAAAAUGAUGUCGAACUUGAUAGAAAAAAUGGAAAAUAGAUUUGCAGUUCACAGUGUCCAGAUAAAUCAGGAAUCAUUUGUCAGUGAACUUUCAAAGCCAUUACUAGAUGAAAGAAAAUUUAUAGAAUGGCAAAAACAGAAAACACAACAGGUGAAAGAAUCUUUCGAUUACCUUCGACAUAAAUAUUUAAGAACAUUUAUAAAAAUGGAAGAGUCUAAGGCACCUUUGGAUUAUAAUUGUAAAGAAUCACGAAGUAUUUCCGUUAAAGAAAAGAAAGAAAUUGAAAAGUUUGAAUUAAAAUAUCCAUGCAAAUUUCAAAAUUAUACUUUUGAAGAACUAUCUCUGCUAGAGGAGAAAGCUCUAAAGCGUAAAAAAUCGAUAAUUGAUUCUGAAUGGGCUACGGAAUAUAUGAAUAAUUUGUUUGACAGAAUGCGAAAAAAGUCUGAUUCAGAAGAUUUUCAACGACAAAUGGGAAAUGUUCUUGGUAGUUCCUUAUGGAAUGUUUGCGUCACUGAAGAGGAAGACAAAGUGGACAUGGAACUUGCCAAAAAGGUAAUGAAAUUAUCGGAAUUCGAAAAGCAGAUGUGUACUCAAAUUAUGGAAACAAAACAACAAGCGCGAAAUUUAAUAAAAAAUAGAAUACAAGGUGAAAAGGAGUUUGCUGAACAAAGAGAGCACCAACUGAAUAUAUUUUUUGACGAACUUAAAGAAAAAAUUAUUUCUGGUGACUUAGAAGUUGAUUUUGAAAAAAUGAGACAGAAUAAUUUACAUAAUAAAUUAUUUGCUGAGAAAAUGAAAAGAAAACGACAGAUGUAUCAUAAUAUAUGCUAUGAAACUCUUAUAGCAAUAGUCGAUUAUGCGGUCAAAUAUGGCUAUUUUAAAAAGUUGAUAGAUGGUGAUGUGCCUGAACAAUUUGUCCAUGAAUGGAAAUCAUUAUUCUUUAAGCAUCAACCUAUUUUCGAUAUUCUUGAUUCAAAUGAAGACAUUUUGAAAAUAAAAGAUACUGAAGAAAUCUCUUGUCUCGAAUCGUCUUCAUUUGAAACAGAAGAAAUAUUGAUAAUGGAGUGCAAAAGACAAGGAGUUUUGGAUAGUUGUGAAUUUGAAGAAUAUGAUCAUUACCUAUACCCGUGGAAAUUAGAUAUAUUGAUACCAAAUUACGAUCCUCACUCAGAGGAGAGAAAGAUUGAACAUUUAGGAAUGCGUGUGUUAGGACAUGUAAUAUAUACUUUACUUGAAUUGAAGUAUCCAUAUCCAUCGGCAAACUUACCUGCUGAGCUACCUGAAUACUCAUCUAAAUCUCUACUGCGUGGACUUCCAGACAAGUCCUUGACGCAGGUAAUGCAAUCCUUAUUAACAUUUCGUAAAAUACACGUGAUUCGAUUGGAAGCCGUUAUCAACUAUUGCUUAAGACAAUUUAAAACAGAAAUGAUUGGGCGAAAUGACAUAGAUCUUUCAUUUGAUAAUUUUCUUAAUGUUGCGCAAGUAGAAGAAAAUAAAGAAUUCAUUAAAUCAAUGAAAUCUGAAGACGAAAGUUAUUCCAAAAAUGGUGUUAUUACAUCAGAACUGUUACUUUCAUCACUACCUAAUACUAAGUCAACUCAAACACCAAAAUGUAUACCCGACGAUAACAUUUCUUUGUCAGCUGUUGCAAAUCUAGGCAAAUAUGCCUACGAUGCUCUUACCCAAGGAGAAACCUUAACUGAUUAUUUAGUGUCAGCAAUGAUAGUAGAAUAUCUUAAAAAUCAAAAAGAAAUUAAUGGGUUUGUUAUCAUAAAUUAUCCAAACAGUUAUCAUCAAGCUCAAAUAUUAGAAGAAAGCUUUUCUGGUUAUGGGCCACCUGAUGCGGAGGAAUUAGAUGAUAAUGACGUUAUACAUUUAGAAGAAAGUAUUAUUAAGCAUCGUAAAAAUGAAGUUGACCCUUAUAAAGAACUCAGAACUUCUAAAGUUGUGAGGAAUCCACAUAAAAGAAUGGUCGAAAAACCAUUUGAAACUUAUUUUACUUCUUAUAUUCAUCUCAAACAUACUGAUGACAUUUUGAAGGAAUUAGUGAUUUGGCAACUAAAUCAUAAUAAUUCGGAUUUUACUGAUAGAUUUUAUGCAAGUAUGGGAAUAAAUUAUAGUUUAUACUACGAAGUAGUGGAUAAAGAAUUACUAGCUCAAAUUUGUAAAUACAUUAUUGGCGACUUCAGUUUUCCAUUAAAAUCUUAUGACGAAAUAUUUGGUGACCAUGUUUUAAGUGAACUUGACUUUCCUAAAGUUGAUGGAAAACGAAUCAAUUCUAAAAUUGUUAAACAAGAUGUUGCUAAUGAUAAAUCAAACGACAAAAUACGUAGGGGCACCAAGCUAAGUAAGACGUUUAAUGAAACCGAAUUAGAAGUCAUAAAAGCACCUCAUUCAUUAGAAGAUGUACCUCAAAAUAGCAUUAAAACUUUAGACAGUAUGAUAGCACUCGGUAUUAAAAGCAAGUCAUUGCAUAGCUUAAACCAAGUAAAAAUUAUGGCCGGUGACGAAAAUUGGGUCUUUGCAGAUUUACCUAUUGCUGAAGCUAUAGGUAAAUCCUUAGCCAGUUAUUGGGAGGAGGUUGAAAAAUUAUACGUUAAUAAUAUGAAACAGCUGUUUUUUGCUAAGCGUUUACAAAUGAAUUGUGUUAUACCGUACACAAGAUUUUUGAAGGAUAAAAUUAAUCAAAUUGUAACACUUCCGUCCAAUAAACAGGAUUUAGUUAGUGAAUUUCAAAAAAAAUACAAUGACUUUGAAAAUGAUUGGCGUAAUAUUAAUGUAACUAAAAACGAAUGGCAUUGCCGGGUAAAGGAAUUACAGAGCAAGUUAUAUAAAAUUUGUGAUGAAAGAAAAAUAACAGCUCAACAACAGAGACAUGCACUUAUUUGUGAUAAUUGGGCUUUGGAAGAGUUAACUACUUUAGCCAAUACAUAUAUAUCUUGUAUGCAAGCGGAAAUGAAUAGAUCCAUUAUGACCUUUCAAAUAUUUCAUGAUUUCUAUUUUACUAUGUUAAAAGGUUCUCCGCCUUCUGAAAGAUUAUCGUCUAAAGAUUUAACAAAAAUAUUUCGGGAAACCGAUAAAUCAUCUUCUUCUACAAAGAAAGGAGGAGAUGAAAAGUUAUAUAAACAGUUAAAAACGGUUUUUCAAGAUCUUUAUGUAAAGGGUAUGGAAUUUGAUUACAGCAACAAUCCUUUUAAUUUAUUAAUUGAAAAUAAUGUCAAGUUUGCUUCAAAAAUAAUUAAGGAUAUGAACGAAUCUUACCGAUCACUUAUUAGUAAAGAAUAUAACGAAAAAGCUAAAACAGUACCAAUAAUUAAGAAGAGAGAUGUAAACGUUUCCGUAGAGUCGAGUAAUCUUGAAGAAAUUCUAAGAAGGAAUACUGUAAAAUGUCUCGAAGAGUGGUCUAUGGGUGUCAAUGGUGAAAUGUUCCGUUUCAAUUUACGUAUUUUGGCCCUACAGUAUAAAUGCUACAAAGAUAUGAAAUUAUUUAAUGACCUUAUACUAAAGACAUUUAUCGAAAUUCAAAACGAAAUUAAUGCUUAUUACAUGAAUGAAAUUAUAUCAGUAGAUAGAUUGUGUAAAUAUUUACACAUGACAAUAGAAAUAGGAACAGGAAUACCUGAAACUUUAAUACUCAAGGAUGAUAAAUUUGAAAUAGAUCCAAACGUUUGCCAAUUUUCCCCAUCUUCCCAAAACUUAGAUAUAGAAAACAAAUGUGAAUCUAUCGGAUACUAUAAAUUUAAAAUAUACCAAUUGGCUCGCUUGCGUUCACAAUUUAAAAUUGUGGCUCCAACGGGAAUUAUCCUCCACCAAGCUUUUAUUUACCUAUUGCAAGAUUUCAUUAUAUUUGGAAAAGAAAAUCUGGAAGGUCCAUUACUUCCUGAGGCAUGGAAAAAUGUGGAUCCCGAAGAAGUUCCAAAAUUAGUGCUUUUAUUAUUUGGGGAAACAGCUUAUGUAGAUUGGAGGGAUUUUCUUAUUUAUUGUCUUCAUAUCCGAUUUCCGUCAAUUAACGAGUUAUUACAACUUAGAAAAAAAUUUCGUUGUAAUGAUAAGGAUUCUAAAGAAAUUACAACACGAGAUUUUUUUGUAAAUGAAAAACUUUGGUUUGAAAAUGAUUUCAUAAUUGGAGAAAAACGGGAUCAACUGCAGCUAAACUUAAUAAAGCACUUUUUAUUUGAACUUUAUGAAACUGCAGAAAAUUUCAUUAAUUACUCAGCAUUUUUAUUGGCGUUUUGUAAAAAUUCUGAUCCAAUCAAAGGUUUUGUUGCAGCUGUAUCUAUGGCAGUAGGACAAGAAAUAUGUUUUUUACAAGAAGAGUGUGGUGAAGUUGUUACUGGUUUAAUAAAAGUGAAAAAAUACAAAGAUGAAAGUUUAGCAUGUGCUUUAAAGUGCGUUGCGCAAUUUUUAAGCAACCUUGUUCAGAAUGUUGUUGAUACUUGUGAAAGAGUGAAGAUAGAAGAGUUAAAAUAUAUAGAAAAUUUAACGAAUAAUAAGAAAGGUAAAAAAGGGAAAAAUAUUGGCAUACCAAAAAAAACAGAGGUUCAUCAAAAUGAACGUGUGGAUAAUUCACAAAAGGUGCUAAAAUCUCGCUCUAAAUUACGAAUUUCUAUGGAUACAAACGGGUCAAAGACAACACUUGUUUGUCCACCGUGUGAACAAUUUGAUUUAGUAAAUGAAACAGAUAUGGAAAGAGAAAAAAAUUUUGUUGAGCCUGAAAUUAUAGUCCCAAACCCGAAUUUAAUAUAUGCGGUUAAUAAGUCUUUAAUUUGGAAGGUUUUAAAAAUUUGCCUGCCUUGGCAUUUUCAGCUUUUACCUGAAACAAAUGAAUCUCCAUAUGUUCAGCAAGUUGAAGAAGUAUUAAGACGCUUAGAAUUGGAUACGGAUAACAAAGACAUAUAUAUUUGUAAAUUAGUCUCUGAUCCCAAAUUUGUUAAGUUGUUGCAUAAAGUUAAAAAAUUUACUGCUAUAAAUUUGGCCGAUGUGAUCCAAAAAAUAUUUUAA